AUGUCUGCCAAGUUGUAUAUCGGUAAUCUGAGCUGGAACACCACAGAUGACACCCUCCGAAACGCCUGUCAAGAAUUUGGCAUGAUUAUCGACUCGAUUGUAAUGCGUGAUCGAGAUACUGGCCGCUCAAGAGGCUUCGGUUUCGUUACAUUCGGUAGUGUUGAGGAAGCCGAGAAUGCAGUUAACGGUUUGAAUGAACAGGAACUUGAUGGUCGUCGUAUCAAAGUGAAUAUGGCCAAUGCUCCCGGUGCAGGUGGUAGAGGUGGUGGAGGAGGAGGUGGCUACGGUGGCUACGGUGAAGCCGGCGGUGGCUACAAUGGAGGUGGUGGCUAUAAUUAA